AUGAAUAAAUAUUCUGAUCUAUACCAAAGGCCUUUUACUUCAUCAGUUCCAAAAAACCUUUAUGGGUCUCCAAAAUCAUUUUCUACUAACAGACCAAUUACUACAGGAUUCCAAAGUACAGUUGAAGCGUUAUCAAAUGAAAAAAUGUUCUCACCUUUCACAAGUACCUGAGAAACUUUUUACUCCCCAUUAUCAACCUAUGUAGAUACCCAACAAAGUGCCAAAUCAAUUGAUGACUCUCAGUAUCAAAUUUCUGUAAAUUUUCCUGAACGACCAAAUACUUCUUCAAUUAGUGGAUUGACAUUAUUAGAAAACGAAAGAGCUAUAAACAACUCUAAAACACUACUUACUACUAAAGAAAGGGUAUCAUUUCCCAAUAUUUUUAGCAACACUCAACAAUUUCCUGCAGAAAAAGACUUCAAUAGAAUUUUAAAUAAAAUCGAAAUGAUUGUGUCUAAUAAAUAUCUCGGACACCGGGGAGCGACUAUUAAAGAAGGCGAACCAAUAGAAAUCGGCAAUAUUAAUUUGAUAGAGCAUUUUUAAUAGUAGGAUUUUUCUGAUGGAGGCAUUUAUUCAAAAACUUUAAAUUUCAGUCAAAUGCCUUACUAAAAAAUAAAUUUAGAUAAAUUUCUUCAGGAAUUCACAUUGUAAAACGUAUCGAAGAGCCUAACCGAUAGAAAUAAUGUCGGAGCAGUCUUCAUUUAGCUACUUAAAAGUUUAUACCAAAGGCAAAAGGUGUCCUAUGAGAGUCCAUUUUAAAAAAAGCAAAGGAAAAUUGCUUACUUAUAUAUCAAGGCACAACCCUGAGCCAAGUGAAAGCUUGCAUGAUGAAGUCUUUAAAACUGACUCUUUCGAAGUAGCAGACCCCGGCUUGAAGUUCAAAAACGACUAUAUUCAUUUUGGCAUCCAAGCCCUAGAGGACUCCACAUUUGUUAUAUCAGUAUAUUUUGGGAGGCUAAAAAUCGAUUUAAAUAAAAAAAGAAAAACUGAAAGGCAGGAAACUUCAAUUGAGCUGGAAAAUUUGAGGAAAAAUGAAAUGCUGCAGUAUGAGCUUUUUAAGAAAGUUGAUGAUACAAUAGCGAAAAGAAAAUCUGAGCAGCUUAAAAAUUCAAAUAAUAAAGACUUUUUAAAGAUGAAUAUGAAUAUUUUGCCGAUAAAUUCACCCAAAAGGAUGAAAGAAAAGACUGUUUCGUUGAAAAAUAUUGAACUGAGAAGAAAAUCGGCUAAAAUUAAACAUAAAUUGUGGCUACAAGAAAAAAAGCAAAGGGCGAUUAAUGUAGUUAAUAAAAAAUUGCUUACUCCCCCCCCCCCCCUCCGUGAGCGAACAAAAAAAUUUUGUUCGCUCACGGAGGGGGGUUAAUUUUUUUUUUUAAAAAAAAUUUAUAUAUAAAUUUUAUAAAAAAUAUUUUUUCGAAAUUUAAAAAAAUCCUAAUUUGCAAAAAUUGGGAAGCAAAUAUUAAUUUAAUUUGCAAAAUUUAUGUUUUAAAACGCAAUUUGUUUAAAAUUAAACAGAAUUAGCUCUAGAUUUCAUUAUACUAAUUAUCACUUAUAUAUCAAAAUUUUUUUCCAUUAAAAUUUUUUCUAUUAAAAAAAAUUUUUGUUCACUCACGGAGGGUGGGUUUUUGGUCAAAAAAUGGCGAUUUUUCUAAUGGUUUUGUUCGCUCACGGGAGGGGGGGGGGGGGGGGAGAGUUAGGGCUGAAGAAGAAAAACAAGAAAGGUUAAGAAAAGAGCAGCUAAUUUUGCUACAAAAUGAGCAAAAAGAAUGGUUUAUUGUGAUAAAUAUAGCUUUAGCUUUUGUUUCAAUAAGAGAAAAAUGGCAAGCAAAAAGAAAAGAAAAACUCGAGACUUUUAAAAAUAGCAUCUCAGCAAGAAAAUUCCAAAUAUUCUUCAGAGCUCGAAACCAUAAUAAAACCAUUUCAGAGUUUGUCUUAUUACGAGCUAAGGAUACUCUUAAUUUUUAUUUUCGCCAUGCAAAACCAAUUGAACGUCGGAGCUACAGACGUCAAAUAUCUAAAUGUAUACAUGAAAGUGCAAGAAACCACACUUUGCCUCAUCAUUUUUCCGCUUUUACAGAAAGCAUUUUUAAUGUUCAAAAAGUCUGACGAGAGUAUAAUGAAAAAAAUAAGAAAAGAUGGGAAGAGCUAAAUUUAUUAUGGAAUCAAGAAUUAGAGAAAAAAAUUUUAGAAUUAAAUAAAGCAAAACCUACUAAAGGGAAAAAGAAAAAAGAUGAGUCUGCUAAAUAUCUUAAAAUUCCUGCAAUAGCCAGAAAUCAUGUGCUAACUGAAUAUUUCCGUGACCGUAAAAGAAACUUUAGAGUCGAAAUCCGGAAAUUUAUUGAUAAGAAAAAGAUGCAAAAAGUGCUAAAACAAUUCUCAAAAUUUUCCCAAAGUGAUCUUGAUACAAACAAAGCAGAAUUAAUCUUCAAAUAUCUCCCAAGUGAAGAAGAUAUGUUGCAGCUUAUCGAAAAGGCUCUACAUAUUACGAAUAUUACUAUUUAA